CAAUAACAAUAAUUUUAAAGGUUGUGGAAGCAAAAAGUCUGUAUCUAAAUUGACAGAGACACCGAAGAUUAGAGCAAAUGGCAAAAAAAAGUCGACAGAAGACCGAAGAAAUCACUCUAACUCAAGAGACAUUAAAAGAUAAGACCAACACAUUAGGAAUAGAAGUGACCGAAGUUCCAGAUGCAUCCACAACCAAAAUACCAGGAUUGCCACAAUAUCCUAUGCAUCAUUAUCCAGUGGUCCUUCCUUAUCAACCUUAUGGUGGAGUCCUCCCUAUUCCUUUUCAUCCUGUUCCAAAUGGCAUGGCGUACUUCAACCAAUAUCCUUCUACUGCCGGAAUUACAUCAUAUCCUCAGUUUUCUCAUGUCUCGUCGUAUUCUAGUGGACCCAGUGAUAGCAAUACAUGGGCUGGACUUUUGAAUGAUGUCAUCAACAACAAAAAGCCAUAGAGUUAUAAUCUAUAUAUUAUAUUUU